UGCCAGAAGAAGUUGUUUAUGUGAGCAUAUCAAGGACAGCAUCGUGUGAUCUGGAACGAUUUCAAAUUUGAAACCACAUUGUGUUUUGGUUUAGUCUGGUUUAGAAGGUUAACUGAUCCUUCAAGUCAAAAUGAUUAUUUUGGCUAGCGGACAUCUUCCUGUGUGUUACACUCUUCUGUUUUGUCUCCUGUUGGGUUGUGUGUAUACAGAAGACAUCAUAGCCACAGUGGGAACAGAUGUAACUUUACCAUGCAACUAUGAUGCUCAGUACUAUGGCAGACUUUCUGCCUGCUGGGGCAGAGGAGCCAUCCCCAACCGUGGCUGUGCCGAUGAGGUGCUCAAGUCAGACGGGACAUCAGUGGUUGGCAGGCUGUCAGAACGUUACCAGCUUCUGGGUAGACUCAACCAGGGUGACAUGUCGCUGACCAUCAGGCAUGUUGAGGAGAGCGACUCAGGGAUGUACGGCUGCCGUGUGGAAAUACCGGGCUGGUUCAAUGAUCAGAAACAGCAGCUGACCCUGAGAGUAGUGGCAGGGCACCCUAAUUCCCUGAAGGUGGAGACCGGAGAGGUGAAGGAAAGAGCUCUCACUGUUCGUUGGGCUCCUGUGUUUGAUGGUGGCAGUCCCAUCACAUCAUACAGGAUUGAGCUCAAAAACAAAGGGGCAUCCUGGGAUACCGCAGUAACAACUGAAGUCACACAUGCAUUGACUCAGGUGACUUUGGUGGAUUUGCAUCCGGCCAAGAACUACAACCUUCGUAUGUUUGCUAUCAACAGUGUGGGCACGAGCGAGGCCAGCAAUGUUCUGAUAGUCACAACUAAAGAAGCAGCACCAGAGGGUCCUCCACUGGAUAUGCAUUUGGAGGCCGUCACUUCUCACAGUAUUAAAGUUACAUGGAAGCCUCCGAAAGCUGAUCUCAGAAACGGGGUUGUGCAAAGUUACAGCAUUAGCUACAGAGAGUACGACCGUGCAGGCAGACAGUAUAAAAAGUGGCAGCAACAAAGUGUGACUGCCACACGGGAACAAGAGAGCGUCAUCUUGAACAACCUGAAGCCCUCCACCCAGUACGAAGUGCUUAUACAGGCCAAAACCAACGCAGGGAUAGGACCUGCCACCACUGCAGCUCUCUGCUCCACUUUGGAUGAGGUUCAGUCAACCUCAACAGCACCAGCGAUUCAGUCCACAUUCCUUCCUGCCACAGUGUGGAUGCAACACACCACAAAUUUCACCUCUGCACCAGCGAUUCAGUCCACAUCCCUUCCUGCCAUAGUGCAAGACACCACAAGUUUCACCUCUGUUCACUCAACUUCCCCGGUUGAGACUGUUGCUGCUGCCACAGCCUGGGGACGGAGCACAAGUAUCACGUCAGUGCCCCCGGAUCCCCCAGUAGUUGAGAUAAAGGAGGUCAUAGAUAAUACAAUUUCCCUUGUGUGGACUCCUGGGUUUGAUGGUGACAGCCCUAUUACUGGCUACUACCUGGAGUACAAAGCAGUGAACACCUCAUGGGAUUACACAAAGACAGUUGUAGACUUCAGUCCCAACCAGACAGAGGCCACAAUAAUUGAAAUAAAUCCCUCAACAUACAACAUCCGCAUGUUUGCUAAGAACAGUCUGGGCACCAGUAAAGCCAGCAACGUCCUCACUAUCACUACUGGAGAAGCAGGUCACCAGAGGGACAAGCUCACUACCACCACCCCAACUAACAAUCAUGUUACUGUGAGUGUUGAGGACAGGCAUAGUGGUCAUCUGGCUGCCAUUGUGGUGCCGGUGGUGCUGGUGGUCCUGAUGGCUGCCAUUGCAGCCACAUGGCACCUUCGACGCAUGAAACGGAAACAUGGCAGCCUGAGCAUGUGGGGGGCAAAUGGGGGAAUCCGUUACAGAGUCUCUGAGUCACUACAAGAGCUGUAAAACUCAGAGUUUACAUUAUGGUGAGAUCACAAAACUCACAAAUCAGUAGUUUUGAGCUGUAUGAAAUUUGCAAACAGACGUUAUGUCAUUGAGGAAAGGAACUGUUUUAUUACAACUUCAUUUGGUAGUUUAUUCAACUAACCUAAGGAGAAAUAACCCACACACGACUGUGUGUAACUUAGACAGUGUAACAAUGAAAUGUUUUCUUUUAUUACUGAGUGUUGUUGUAGAUCUGCCAGUAUUUUCAUGUUAUUGCACUUUUUUGUAUAGUAUUAGUUCAUCUUUUUUCUAACAGUACGUUUACAUCAAGAAAUCAUUACAAUCCCUUUUAUUUUGUGAUUUUU